UUGUUGUUAUUGCUGUUUUUGUUGUUAUUAUUGUUGUUGUUUUUGUUGUUGUUGUUGUUGUUGUUGUUUUUGCAUUCUCAUAAGAACAUGAUUUUGUUCCUCAUCAUAAACUCUAUUUUUAAGAAUUGAGUUUAAGGUGCAAAACCUAUUAAAUAUUUUCUGUAAAACUCCCAAAUUUUUGAUUUAAGUUUGGACACGAGAAUUAAUUUAUUUUCCUUUUAAUGACUAAAAUGUUUUUCAAGAACAAACAACUCGUUCUCAUGCCCUAUUGAAAACAAAAUAUAUCACCAGUCUUGAUCCUAGGAUUUCUUACCUUUUUACAUCGGAGCAGGAAGGCAAAAAAGGCCUUGGAAACCACCUCAGGUAUGAUGUACGUUGUUGAGUUGUACCUGGUGGAAAAUUUGAUUUACUCUGUUAUUUUCAUAGCAGAAAAGGGGAUUAGCUGAAUUGCCGCAACCUUGUCACCAGUACUUGUUAGGAUUUUUAUUUGGACGAUUUGUCCCAUUAAGAAAAACAUUUCAGGUCUUGAUUACGAGGUUAGUAUCGUCAUUAAAAAGAAAUAAGGUCACUGUGAUUCCGUUGUCUAGCAAUGUAAGGUAUUGGCUUUUGUAUUAUUAAAAGCACAAAAGAGAUUGAGUACGAGUUUGCAUUGUAUUGCUGAAGCACGUAGACAUGCUUUAAGAAAGUUUUGAUAUUAACAUGAAGAUAGAUCGACCAUCUGUCUUUACACUUUGUUGUAAAACAUUCUUUUGCUUGCAUCGCAUGUAUUCUCAAUAUCUGCAUUAAGUCAUUUUCUUCUCUGAAUUAUUUAUCACUAAACACAUUGAUUUUUUAUAUUCUCAUGUUCUAUAACAUGUAUUUUUAAAUAAAUAUUUCCUAUCUGCCAUGUUUUGUUUUUUUCAUUUUUCACUAAGCAGAGUUAUUGAAAUUGAAACCUAUAAAAGUUAUUUCCAUUGCGUUUAUCGUGGAUACACGCUUUCUUAGGUUUCGCGCGGUUGUUUGUGUGGACUUUCUGAUGACUAAAUAAUGUAAAAAUGUGUAUAAAAAAAUAUGAGUCAUAAUCUUUUCGAGUAGUUCUGGCAUAAUAUCCACCUUGUUUUAUUUCUAUUUUAAUUUUGACUAACACCAAUCUAGUGAAUACUAUAUUUAAGAACAAAGACAAUGUUUUUAUGGACUGGUCACUUCGCACAACCUGAAGAACCCAACAAUAAGCGACCAGUUAUUAAUGUUUCCAAACUAACGCCACUGGCCAGUGACAAGUUCAAAGCUGUAAACGCAUUGGAUCGAGAACUGUCUGAUGCGGUUUCCUUUCAAUAUCCGAAACGGAAUGGCUGGUUUUUAACUUGCAAAAAUGACACGUGCUUCAUAGAACCUAAAAAACGGACAAUUAGUUUUGAACGCCAAAGUUCCUUCUUCCCGCUCAUCAAUUUUUGGUAUGAAGGCUACACCGUGUUCGAAUCAACUGUGAAAGCUGGAUGGUAUAUACGACGAACACGAUCAAACUUAAAACUUGAAAAAUAUGACGGAACCGAAGACUUUAAAAAGGAUGCAAGUUUUAAAGUGAAUAAACCAGAUAAUCAAAGAGAGACAAUAAACCGGCCUUCAACCUCGAAUUCGUGUAGAACAUGUUGUUGUUCAAUUUGUGACAGCCAAUCAGAUUUCUGUUACAGCUGUCAAACUCAAUGUUUAUGUAAAGAAUGCGAAACUUUAGCAAAAAUGAGUACUGCUGAUAGAAAAGAUGAAGAGCAAUGUAAUAAAUCAGAAUAAAUCCGGAUAAAUUGGAACCUAAUUGGAAGAUAUAGUGUUAAUACCGAGACGCAGCAACAAGGAUAAUUUGUCAGCCACACACAAGUAGGAUAAACUUUACUGAAGAUAAGAUACGUUUACAUGUAUGAUCUAACGUGACACACAUCGCAAAAUCUUUGGAGUCUUUAGGG